AUGCACAUGAAAUCAGCCGCCUGGCUCUCGCUAGCCACCACGACCGCCAGCGCAGCGGCAACAUGCACCCGUGCCCUCCUCGAGCAAGCGACGAGCCGCUACGUGGCCGCCCAGUCGGCCGGCGAGCCCCGCUACCUGCAGCAUCUCGCGCCCGACCUGGUCGCGAUGCUGUACACGGAGAACGGCAACGCGACCAUGCCGCUGCACGCCUCGAUCCUCGCCAAGCCCCUACGCAUCGACCACGCCCGCGCCCAGCACGACGUCGAGGCCUGCAAGGGCUACGUUGAGCUCAUCGUCACCGACGACGCACACCCCUACGAGCUCGCUACGCAGAUAUACCUCGACGCCAACGCCGGCGCCAUCGAAAAAAUCGAGACGCUGGUCACCGACGCCCAGGACUGGCUUUUCAGCGCCAGGCACAGCUUGCACUAUGUCCUACAGGAGGACUGGACCGCCAUUGCGCCGGCGGAGCGGGAUGAGAGGGAGGUCCUGCGCGCCGCGGCGGAUGCGUACCUGGAUCUGUUUAGUAACUCUUCGGUCGUGGUGCCGUGGCAUGAGGAGUGCCGUCGGUUAGAGGGGGGUCUGUACACGCAGCCGGGAAGUACGUGCGCGACGGGGGUGCCCGAGGGGAUCGAGAUGGUAGACAGGCGGUACGUGGUUGACGAGGAGUACGGCACCGUUGGGGUGUUCCUCAGGUUUGGGCCGAGUGGGCUGCACGAUAGUCACGAGUUUCGGAUCGAAGGUGGGAGAAUCAAGUACAUCCAUACCGUGACGGUGUGCCCGACGCCGAACUGUGGGUUUGGGGACCCGCCGGCUAUUCUGCGGCAGGAUCCGGGCUGGUGA